GGAUCAAUCAAAUCAAAGCGUUUCUUUUAAAAUGCGCUCUCGGCAUCAGCUGGACGUAAAUUUCAGCCCGUUUUUUCGCCGAAUUUGGCUUUGAUUCGGCCAGAUCGGCUUGUAAUAAGCAUUCUUUAGUCACGGGACGCCUUUUUUAAUCGAGAUACAAUGUCUUCCGUGCCGCCGAAUGCUACCCCUGCAAGGUCAACGUCCCCCGUUGAAGAAAAUGGCGAUGCUGGUGCCCGUGUGAAUCCAGCGGAACCAUCAUGUCGCACCCCUACAACCCACGGGGGUGACAGCCACCCCCAUCCCGCGGAAAGAUCUCCUUUCAAGUCUCCACCGAUGUUGGCAACCGAAGACAACACGGCGCGGACUCCCAAGAAGAGUCCUGACGUGUUAUCCUUCAAAUCAAUGAAAAAGCUGUCUCCGUUGAAACAUGUCACCCCCAUAUUAAAAAAAUACAAUGCCCAGAGGAAGGCCAAAAGUGCCAAAAAGCACUUUGUAAUAGCCAGGGCUAUAAAAAAUGCUAAAAAUUCAAGACAACGACUUGAUUCCGGAUCUUCUUGCUCUGACAUUGAAUUUGGAUCAGGUUCUAGCCCUGAAAAACAGGAGUCAUUGUCACCUGAAAAGGAAUUUUUCUCUUCUGAGGAUCAAGAUGACAUGCAAGCAAGAUCUCCUUCCCCAGUACCUGAAGGAGAUGAUGAUGAGCCUAUGGAAGAUGUUGAUUUUGACGCACCUUCAUCACCGCUGGAAAAGGAUAACGAAGAAGAAUUGGCAGCGUUGAUGCGUGCCAGCUCCACUGUGAUUCCCAGUCUGAAAGGAAAAAGUCACCUUGUAAAACGCACAAAACAUUCAAAAGAGCUCGAAGCCACCCUUCACAUACUGCAGCAAGACGACCCAGCAACACUCGAAGACCGAGAAACUUUCAUAGCCCAAGCUUAUCUCAAUAAAGUGCGAGAUGAGCUGUUAGCCGAAGGAGAAGAGGGCGAGAGAAUUUUUGACAAAUUCAUUAAAGCUCUUGUCGAUGCUGAUGAGGUCAUAGACACAGACGCUGGUAUUAAAACCCUUUACGAGACUGUUGCUGAUCUCUUCAGAGACAGGAAUGAGUUGCUGGAUCCUUUCAUAAGUUUCCUGCAACCUGGUGAAGCCCUGACUUGUGGCAAAACCAUGGAAAAUGUAGAGCUGGCUAACAUAACUGAUUUUCUUCUGAAGGCUGAAGUAGCGUUUUCAAAGCAGCCUCAAGUAUUGAAAACAAUCCUCAGCCACCUGGCUGCUUUUUCUGAACAAACUGAUGCUAAAGAAGAAGAUGUCAAAUCUGUGAUUCUUCCUUUGCUGAAAGGAAACCCGCUCCUAACGGACUGCUUCCUUCAAUUAAUGCCAGACUCUAAGCCACCAGAAAGUUCCAUGACGGACUUUGAGGAGCUCGUUUACGAGGAAGGUGUCGAAGAUGAAGACGAGAGUUUUGAAGUGAUAAAUGUUCCAUGUGAUGAAUCCAAAGACUUGACAGGAGGUGAUAAUUGUCCUUGUCAGUGCCACAGUGGCACCGAUGACGAAAUGCUGAAAAGCAGGGCCAAUCACUGCACCUCCUGCGGAAUAAGGUUUAUAAAUGGGAAAAUCUACCUUGUUUCUAACCGACAACUAAAGCCAGCCACUUUGACAUUCCUCAACGAGGACAAUCACUCAGCUAUCAAACGCCUUUCUGUCGACAUGUCCCAUCAGACUGGAACCAGGCGCAGGAGAACAGGCAACUCAUUCUCCGCCGACAACCCUCACCUCAAGGACAGUCCUCCGAAGAGCCACUCUCAUGAGUCGGAAAAUGACGACUCCGAAAGCUACCGAGACUCGGACUGCUCUCCGCCCAAAUCUUACAAAUUCAAGUCACGCAGGACGGAAAUCACUCCUGACGGGAAACACAAUUUUAGUCGGCAGCUGAGCAUAGACACGUCAGAGAACAAAUCGAGUCCAGGCCACGAUCUCCUGAGCCCUGGGAGCUCCAGCUGUGAUACGGUACCCCUGAACAAUGAGUGCGAUAGCAGAGAAAUGAUGAGUCCAAACGGAAGAGAGGACGUUGCUGCCUGCGAUGAGGAGAGCAUUGAUUUUGUUGACGUUGAUGACGAAGAGUCUUUGGAUGAUGAGGAAAUACCAGAGGAGGAGGAUCAGGAUAUUGAAAUUAUUGGUGAUGACGAUUCAAGCCAAGAUGACACUGAAAUAAAUCAAAUAAUGAAAAUGGAGGAUAUCAAAAUUGAGCCAGUGAAAGUCGAGAUCAAGGAAGAGCCAAAAAGCUGUGCUGCCAGUCCAGUUCCUGAAAAUCGGGAAGAUUCUCUAGUUGAGAAAAAGCCUAUUCCUGAGGUUGAACCCCCAUUACAAGCUGACUCACAAAAGUCGGACGAAGCCCCUGAAGACUGGACUCGAGACGAGGACAAAGUGAUUCUGCAGGUGAUUGAACAGGGAGGCACAGCAAACAUGAUUGAAAAUAUGAAGCACUUGAUCCCUCGACGUACUCAAGAUGAGAUCAAAGAGAGAUUUGAGACUCUGAUGAAAUUGCUUGCUAAAAUGUCAAGUGAAGCUGCUGGGGAAUGAUAUUUUGUAUAGUCAAGUGUUUCAAUGUCAGUUAAAAUGUCAUGAAAGAAUAAAUAAAUAUUUAAAUUGAACAUAA